CUCCUACCCGUACUCAAUACACAAUGGUCGCCUCUCUUGUCGCCAGGAGCUUCACCCGCUCCGCAACCAUGACCGCCUCUCGCGGCUUCGCUACCUCCGCCGUCGCUGGUCGCGACCUCGUCCAGGAGGCCUACCUGCGCGAGCUCAAGGCUUACAAGCCCCCUGCCAAGUCCGCCGACGCUCACAAGGGCCAAGUUCGUGACUUCCACGCCCCCUCUCCCCCCAAGGCUCCCGAGGCCCCUUCUUCCUCUUCCCUCUCUUCCCAGCUCGAGGCUUACGCCUCCAGCGAGCCGGACCACGCUGAUGCUCCCGCUGCCUCCUCGUCUUCGGAGAGCAGCAGCGCUGCCGCGGGUGGAUCGGCCUUCCUUGAGGAGGCGAGGGCGGACUACCCUAAAGAGGAGGCGCACCACUAAGCGUUGGCGUUGGAUGGGAAAGGUAGACUUGGGGAGGAAGAGAUGGUGGAAGAGCUGUCGCUCUGGUACGGCGGGAUAUGUAGAAGCGCGAAGGAGCGCGCAACACCCAGAGAAUCACCAGAUACGAUUCAGCACCUUCAUGCCGAUGGGCGCCUUCCGCAACCCACACAGCGUGAGCGAACCGCGGGCGAGCACAGACGUCGAAUGGGUGACACUCGAUGAGUAUUGAUGAAUGUAGAAAGAGUACAAUGCUCGCCGCACCUUUCUCCUUUCCCCGCCUCGGUCCU